CGGGGCCCGCUCCGCUCCCAACGGGCGGGCGAGGACGGACGACCGGCGCUCUCGGUGGGGAUCUGGCCUGGCCUCACGCUGGCCGUUUGAUCCGACGAUGAUGAUUAUCCCUUCCCUUCCGCCUCUCUCUCGAACGGAUUUCCUGCCAUGCACCGGGUCCUUCUACAAACCAGCGGCACAAAAUCUCUCUUCGCCCCUCGGGUUUGCGGAGAAUUUACGCGCCUGCCCUCCGCGCACACAUCACUGCCCACCUGCCCUGCUGCCCGCUCCUCUAUCCUCUUUCUCUCUCCAGCAUCCUCUUUCUCUCCUUCCUCCCAUGGAGUCGGCAUAGCCAGUAGCCGGUUCUGCCCGUUGAGAGCGCUCAUAUACCCUCCACACCUCCAGAUCUGUGGCCUAUUGUAGCCUCUGCCUCCUCAGAACAACAAGCCCCCGCAGCCGCGCCCGGAUCGGAUGGACACCGCCAUGCACCCCGCCGGCGCCGACGACGGCGGCCUCGCCGACCCGCUCACCGGCAACGCGGGCACAGGCACCGAGGGCAUUAUUUGUGGUAUGCCAGACUUCAAGAUGGGUGGAAAGAGGGGCGAUGAAUCUGCCCCUACUGAUGCUGGUGAUGAAGACGGCGAAGAUGAUGACGGGGAUGAGGAUGGUGACUUCGCGGAGGGCGAAGAGGAAAUCUCGGAAGGAGAGGAGUAUGACAACCCCAAGGCCAGUGACGCCAAGAAGAAACAAAUAGGCGAGGGUGAGGAGAAUGGCGAGGAUGAUGAGGAAGAACAAGAGGAGCAGGAGGGUGGAGGAGGUGACGACGAUGAUGAUGACGACGACAACGACGAUGACAAUGAGGACGACGACGAUGAUGACGAUGAUGUCGCUGCUGAAGACGAUGGAGAUGGAGUAGAAGAGGAGGAUGAUGACGAUGAUGAGGAGGAGGACGAUGAGGACUCGCUCCAGCCCCCGAAGAAGAGGAAGAAGUGAAGCCCUUCGACGCGGCUGCUUUAGUCACCAUGCGACGAGAUGUGCCUGUCCUUCACUGUGUUCUGGAAACUUUCCUUAGAGUUAAAAAUGCCCCCACACGAUCACAAUGUGUGGGCUUGUAGGAGCGAUUAGAGGGAACUUUGUUGUCACCGUUGCUUUGCUUCUGUGGAGUUGAUCGAACAGAUGUUUCGCUAACAUAAUUGUACCUGAGUGGCGAAAGCCUCAAGAUUUGAAUAUGUCAGUCAACUCUUUUUAUCUCCUUC